AUGCGGCGACGCGCUGCCGAACGCGACGCCGAAUUUCGACGAUUGGAACAAGAGGGGCUCUAUCUCAAAAGCCACGAGCACGACGCAUGCGGCGUCGGUGUCGUAGCCAAUAUCGACGGUCAAGGGUCCCACGACAUCAUCCAACACGGUUUGGAAGUUCUCCGCAACCUCGGGCAUCGCGGCGCUUGCGGUUGUGACCCGGAAACCGGCGACGGCGCAGGCAUCCUCGUGCAAAUGCCCCACCAAUUCAUGGACAAGGUCGCCGCCGAGGCCGGUAUACAACUGCCAAAAUCGCCCAACUACGCGGUCGCGAUGUGCUUCCUCCCGCAGGACGAAGAACUCCGCGAAUUCUGCAAAACAGCGCUCGAAAACAGCGCCCGUGAACACGAUGCCCAACCACUGGGAUGGCGCGACGUGCCAGUCGACCCCGACGCCGUUGGUGUCUGGGCCCGCGCCCGCAUGCCUCACAUCGCGCAGCUCUUCCUGAAAGCACCUGAAGGCAUCGGCGAAAAUCUACUCGAACGACGACUUUAUGUAAUCCGGAAAUCUACCGAAAAGGUAAUCCGGUCACGCAUCGACGAGAUCGAAGCACGAUCCAGCGGAAAUCUUGACGACAAAGACGCCGCUGUCGUAAACGCCCUGCUCAACGAGUGGUACAUACCGUCCCUCUCCGCCCGGACCAUCGUCUACAAGGGCAUGUUGAUGUCGGAACAGACCGACAAGUUCUACAUAGACCUAACGGACCCCGAUUUCCAGUCCCACUUCGCAAUGGUCCACUCGCGAUUCAGCACCAACACGCUAGGCUCUUGGAAACUCGCUCACCCUUAUCGCAUGUUGGCGCACAACGGCGAGAUCAACACCGUUCGCGGCAACCGCAAUUGGAUGUCUGCUCGGGAACUCACCCUAGAAUCAGACCUCUUCGGCGACUACAUCUCUGACAUCCUGCCGAUCUGCGAGACGGAUGAACCGUCUGACACGGCGUCGCUCGACAACGCCUUCGAAGCGGUGUACAUGGGCGGCCGAUCCGUAGCCCACACCGCGGCUAUGAUGAUGCCCGCGGCAUGGUACGGCCACGAGUCGAUGCCGCAAAACGUCAAAGAUUUCUACGAGUACCACGGCGGCAUCAUGGAACCGUGGGACGGCCCGGCAAUGAUCGUCUUCACCGACGGACACAUGCUCGGCGCCGUACUCGACCGAAACGGACUACGCCCCUUCAGAUACUCCGUAACCACCGACAACGUCCUCGUCAUGGCGUCCGAGACCGGUGUCCUCGACAUCCCGGCAGACCAGAUCCGCUACCGUUCUCGACUCCGACCGGGACGCAUGUUCCUUGUCGAUUUCGAAGAGAAACGCAUCAUCGAACCAGAGGAGGUAGCCGACAAACUGGCUUCCAGCCAGCCAUACGGCGAUUGGCUUUCCAACCAGCGCCUGACUCUCGACGACCUUGACCCUCCACAGAACGUCCCGCAAGUCGAUCUCGAGACGAUAUCCAUGCGCCAGAUGGUAUUCGGAUACACCCAAGAGGACAUGCGAAUGCUCAUCGGUCCGAUGGGUGUCAACGCACACCAACCGCAAGGCUCGAUGGGCAACGACGCGCCUCUCGCCGUUCUCUCGGACAAACCCCAAAACCUAUUCGCCUAUUUCAAGCAAGACUUCGCACAAGUCUCCAACCCGCCGCUCGAUGCGAUCCGGGAGCAACUCGUCACCCAGAUGGCGGUACCAGUAGGACGACGCCCCAACCUCUUCGACGAAACUGAAGACCAUGCGCGUCUCCUACGCAUCGAUCACCCGAUCCUGCGCAACGCCGAGCUGGCGCAGACCAAGCAGUCAUCAAAAUUCGGCAUCAGAACCAUCACCAUAUCGACACUUUUCCCGGUCGCCGAUGGGGUCGAUGGUCUCAAAACCGCGCUCGAACGCAUCCGCCGAGAAGCGUCAGAAGCCAUCGAAAACGGUUACACCGUCCUCGUUCUUUCUGACCGCGGCAUCGACGCCGAAAACUCCUUCAUUCCAUCGUUGCUCGCUACCGCAGCAGUUCAUCAUCACCUCAUCCGCGAAAAGACGUGCACCCAAGCCGACAUCCUAGUCGAAUCCGGUGAGCCAAGGGAAGUGCACCACUUCGCGCUCCUAUUCGGAUACGGCGCCAGCGGCAUCAACCCAUAUCUCGCGCUCGAAUCACUCGCCGACAUACGUGAAUCGGUCGCCAGCGAUGGCACGAUGCCGCUGCAAAACGUCGCCGAGGAAAACUACCGCCAGGCGUCGGAAGAAGGCGUCCUCAAGACGAUGUCCAAAAUGGGCAUCUCCACGUUGCAGGGUUACCUCGGCGCUCAAAUCUUCGAAGCGCUCGGACUUUCACAAGACCUGAUUGACGAGUACUUCACUUGGACCAACUCCCGCAUCGGCGGCAUCGGCCUUGAAGAGAUUGCCGCAGACGCCAUAGCCAACCACGCCCGCGCCUAUCCGCAGUACGAAAUACCAUCCAACCUCCGCCUAGACCUCGGCGGCUUCUACAUGUGGCGAGCCACCGGCGAAAGGCACAUGUGGAACCCGCGGACCAUCUCACUCAUCCAGACCGCAUCCACCCUCAACAGCACGACGAUCUUCAAGCAAUUCGAAGAAGCCGCGGACGAAGAACCAGAAGGCUUCAUCGCGCUGCGCCAGAUGCUCGAUUUCGACAAAAGCAACUUCCAUCCGAUAUCCCUCGACGAAGUCGAACCGAUCGAGAAAAUCCUCCCUCGGUUCGCCACCGGCGCGAUAUCGCUCGGUUCGAUCUCUCGCGAAGCCCACGAAACCCUCGCCAUAGCGAUGAACCGUAUUGGAGCGCGCAGCAACACCGGCGAAGGCGGCGAAGACGAUGAGCGUUACGUACCUUUUGACGAAGUAGAUUCUCACAUUGCCCAACUCAUUCACGACCUCAAAAACGUUAAUCCCGAAGCCCGCGUCCACGUCAAACUCGUGGCCCGUUCCGGUGUCGGCAUCAUCGCCGCCGGCAUAUCCAAAGGCAAGGGCGACGUCGUUCUCAUCUCUGGCGACACCGGUGGAACCGGCGCAUCGCCACUGUCCUCCAUCAAACACGCCGGCAUACCCUGGGAACUCGGCGUCAGCGAAACCCAGCAAGUCCUCGUCGCCAAUGGGCUGCGCGACCGAAUCGUCGUCCAGACCGACGGCCAAAUCAAGACCAGCCGAGACGUGGCCGUGGCCGCGCUUCUCGGUGCCGAUGAAUGGGGCGUCGCGACGGCAGCGUUGAUCACCCUGGGCUGCAUCAUGCUCCGCAAGUGCCACAUGAACACCUGCUCCGUCGGCGUCGCAACCCAAGACCCUGAGCUACGCGCCAAGUUCGCCGGAACGCCAGAAGCGGUCGUCAACUACUUCACGAUGCUCGCCGAAGAGCUACGAAAUCGCAUGGCUCAGAUGGGCUUCCGAACCGUCAACGACAUGAUCGGUCGCGCCGACAUGCUCAAGCAACGCGACGACAUCGAUCACUUCAAAGCCAAGACCCUAGAUCUAUCCAGAAUCCUCGUCGACUCACACCCGUUGGAAGGCGACCACGCCUAUCAGUGCACCGGGCAAGACCACGCCCUCGAAUUCGCUCUCGACCACAAACUCAUCGAGUUGACCGAACAGACUAUUGCAGACGGCGGCCUACCCGACGGCUCGAUAAACAUCAACUUCAAAGGUUCAACCGGACAAAGUUUCGGUGCAUGGGUAGUCAAAGGCGUCACCUUCAAGGUUUACGGCGAUGCCAACGACUACUUCGGCAAAGGACUCUCCGGUGGCCGACUCGUCAUCGUCCCGCCCGAAGACGCGACAUUCGUCGCCGAAGAGAACAUCAUCAUCGGCAACGUCGCCCUCUACGGAUCUACUGGCGGCGAAGCCUACAUCAGAGGCAUCGCCGGCGAGCGCUUCUGCGUCCGUAACUCCGCCGCGAACGCCGUAGUUGAAGGCAUCGGCGAUCACGGCUGCGAAUAUAUGACCGGCGGACGCGUCGUCAUACUCGGUCCCACUGGCAGAAACUUCGGCGCCGGUAUGAGCGGCGGCGUCGCCUACAUCUGGGAUCCCGAAAACACCCUCCACGAACGCUUCAACGACGGCAUGGCAGACCUACAACAACUUGUGCCGGGUUCCGACGACGAAGCCGAGUUAAAGACGCUCAUCGAGAAUCAUCUCGAAUGGACCGGCAGCGCCGUAGCAGAUCGUGUGCUCGACGACUGGGCAAACACCGUGCACCAGUUCAAAAAAAUCAUGCCUCGAGAUUACGCCCGCAUAUUGCGCGAACAACAAGAAGCCGACAAUCAAUUGAUCGACGACGCGACCAACUUUUCACUCAACGGGGGGACCGUGGCCACUCCAGAACUCGUCGGAAGAGCGGUCUAA